AUGAGUGAUCCACUUAAACGAGUUGCGAUUGUUGGUAGUGGCAAUUGGGGUUCAACAAUUGCAAAAAUUGUUGGCAAUAAUAUAACUAAAUUUAAUACAUUUGAAAAUGAAAUACGCAUGUAUGUUUUUGAAGAAAUGGUUAAUGGACGAAAAUUAACAGAAAUUAUUAAUGAAGAACAUGAAAAUGUCAAGUAUUUACCAGGGUUUAAAUUUACACCGAACGUUGUUGCAUAUCCAGAUGUUGUUGAAGCAGUAAAAGAUGCUGAUAUCUUACUAUUUGUUUUACCACAUCAAUUUGUUGAGCGAGCAUGUAAUGCAAUUAAAUCCAAUGUAAAGAAAAAUGCUUUUGCAGUAUCUUUCUCUAAAGGUUUUUAUGUUGGUAAAGAUAAACGUGUUGAUCUGUUAUCGUCUGUAAUUAGUCGUUUACUUGAAAUUCCUUGUUAUGUAUUAAUGGGUGCCAAUAUUGCUACUGAAGUUGCUGCUGGAACAUUUUGUGAAGCUACAGUUGGUUCACGUAAUUAUGAACAUGGACAAUUAAUUAAAGGUCUUAUUCAAACAGAAGAAUUUCGUAUUGUUAUUAAACCAGAUAUCGAAGUUAUUGAAGUACUUGGUGCAUUAAAAAAUAUUGUUGCUGUUGCUGCAGGAUUUUCUGAUGGAUUAGGUUAUGGUGAUAAUACAAAAGCUGCUGUUAUUCGUCUCGGUUUAAAAGAAAUGGUAAAAUUUUGUGAAGAAUUUUUUCCUGGACAUCAUCCUCAAAUCUUUUUAGAAUCAUGUGGUGUUGCUGAUCUUGUUACAACAUGUUAUGGUGGUCGUAAUCGUAAAGUUGCUGCUGCAUUUGUAAAAACUGGUAAAGAUAUUAAGACACUUGAAGAAGAAAUGCUCAAUGGACAAAAAUUACAAGGACCUGAUGCAGCUGCUGAAGUUCAAGAAUGGCUUAGAGACAAAGGACAAGCAAAUAAAUUUCCAUUAUUUGCGGCUGUACAUGAGAUAUGUGAACGACGACUUGAACCUACAGCAUUGAUCGAUGCUCUUCGUCAUCAUCCUGAAUUUUGGUAA